UUUUUGAUAAAAAAAAAAGUAGGGUAUCCUAAGAAGUUCAUAGAAGAAGGCACGGCCUUUUCGCUCUCUAUUCUCUCGGAUUGGGAUUUUUCUUCGCCGUAAUCCUACACAAGGAGCUAAUUUAAAUUUGUAAAAAUGGGUGAGACUGGGAAGCGAUCUCGUUCCCAGAGAGGCCAUGAUGACAACAAGAAUCAGAAGAGACGGGUGAACGAAAAAGAUGACAAAGGUAAAGAUGAACUGGUUAUUUAUAGAAUACUAUGCCCAGAUGGGGUUAUUGGAAGUGUCAUUGGUAAGAGUGGGAAAGUGAUAAAUUCUAUAAGGCAAGAGACGCGGGCGAAAGUCAAGGUUGUGGAUCCAUAUCCUGGUGCUAAGGACCGAGUUAUAACAAUCUACAGCUAUGUCAAGGACAAAGAAGAGGUUGAGGUUGACGAUGAGUUCAGUGACAGGGAACCUUUAUGCGCUGCUCAGGAUGCUCUUCUCAGAGUUUAUACUGCCAUUGCAAAUGCUGUGGCUACUGCAGGAGAUUCUGACAAGAAGCGGAAAGAUAAGGAGGAAUGUCAAAUUCUUGUUCCAUCUAGCCAGUCUGCAAAUAUUAUUGGUAAAGCUGGGGCCACAAUAAAGAAACUGAGAAGCAAGACGAGAACUAACAUUAAGGUCUCAGCCAAGGAUGCCACUGACCCAACUCAUUCAUGUGCUAUGGACUUCGACAAUUUUCUCCUGAUUACUGGUGACUCAGACGCCGUGAAGAAAGCACUGUUUGCAGUUUCUGCAAUUAUGUACAAGUUCACUCCUAGAGAAGAGAUUCCUCUUGAGACGACUGUACCAGAAGCUCAUCAAAGCAUUAUCAUCCCAUCAGAUGUUCCUAUGUAUCCACCUGGUGGACUAUAUCAAAGUGCAGAUCCUAUCAUCCCUCCUAGAUCUCUUCCUCAAAUCAUAGGUGCUACAAAUAUACAGGAUCUCCAGGGUUAUGCAGAUACGGGGAAUACAUGGCCUAUUUAUUCGUCUGCCCUUCCUGUGGUGUCUGGGUUUGGUGGUGUCUCACGGUCCGAGGAGUUAGCUGUAAGAGUAUUAUGCCCCUUUGACAAGAUUGGGCGUGUCAUUGGCAAGGGAGGGGGUACUAUCAAAAGUAUAAGACAGGCUAGUGGUGCUCGUAUUGAGGUGGAUGAUACCAAGAAUGAUCGUAAUGAGUGUAUCAUCACGAUUACUGCAACAGAGUCGCCUGAUGAUUUGAAAUCCAUGGCGGUUGAAGCUGUUCUAUUGCUGCAAGCAAAGAUUAAUGAUGAAGAUGAUGACACUGUUAGUAUUAGACUCCUUGUUCCAUCCAGGGUCAUUGGGUGUAUCAUUGGAAAAAGUGGCUCUAUUAUAAAUGAGAUCCGUAAGAGGACUAAAGCUGAUGUCCGUAUCUCGAAAGGCGAGAAGCCUAAGUGUGCUGAUGUAGAUGAUGAACUUGUUGAGGUGCUUGGAGAAGUUAGUAGCGUAAGAGAUGCACUUAUCCAGAUUGUUUUAAGGCUCCGCGAUGAUGUCUUGAAAGAUAGGGAUGGUGGCCGCAACCCUACUGUUGGUGCUGAUUCUCUUUUCUCAGCUGGCACUGGUCUUUCAGUUCCAUCUGUCUUGCCUUCUGUUCCCCCUGUUGCUCCAUUGGGAUAUGACCAGAGGGUUGAAAGUGGAAGUGGCUUGGGCAUGCUUUCUUCGAGCAGCCUCUAUGGAUAUGGAUCUUUGUCGAUGGGUGAAAAUGGCUACGGAUCAAUGCCCACAUAUUCAUCCAAGCUGUAUGGAGGGUUGCCUGCCCCUUCAACUCUUGAGAUUUUGGUCCCUGCUAAUGCAGUGGGAAAAGUGAUGGGUAAAGGAGGGGCCAAUAUUGGCAACAUUCGGAAGAUAUCGGGUGCAAUGGUAGAGAUUUCUGAUUCCAAAUCUUCCCGCGGUGAUCGUAUUGCUCUUAUAUCAGGCACACCUGAACAAAAGCGUGCAGCCGAAAACUUGAUUCAGGCAUUUAUAAUGGCCACCUGACUUUCGAGGAUGCUUCUAGUUAGAAGUUGAAUAGUUAAAAAUCUUGGAAUUUUCUCCGUCAUGGUUCCUCUCCUUAGUACCUUUAGGUUUGGUUCUGGAGAGGGUUUUGUUUCUAGGCUUCUUCAACUGGAUUCUGUUCUUCCAUAGCAGUGCUAUCAAGAUCAUCCAGAAAGAUUCGCUGCUGGCUUUAUGUUUAGUGAUAUAGGCUUCCUUCUUUGUCUAUUCUUCUAUUCUUCAUCUGCAAUAUCUUAGAACUGUUAGGAUCUUUCUUUCCUUUCCUGUUAUUUUGUCUGGCGAUGUCUUUGACGAAUUUGUAGUCCAUCUUAUUUCCAAUGCUAUCAUACUCUAUGAAUUUGAUGUUCAUGUCAGUUAAUAGUUCCGCAGAUGGCCAUAAUUGUCAAACUUUAAUAUAUGUGUUGUUUUCUGGCGAUUAAACCUCUCACUCUCAGAUUCUUGGUAGAAGAAUCUUUUCUAUCAAUGAUGCCAGUGCAAUGCGGUUGGUGAUGAUGUCUUCUUUCAAUAGACUCCUUGGUUUACAUUUGUAAUGCAGUGGGAAGAGAGGGAAAUCAUCUUCUGCCGUUAAAUGUGCCCUCCCUCUGCACAUUAAUUCUAUCUUGUGUCUUAUCCUUGCUAGACAUAUAAGAAUUUGUGGCAAAAGAAAUCAUGGAAUCAUCUUUUCUCAAGCAUAUUAUAUUAUUUCUGGGCUUAUUAAGAUGCCCUCUUACUUAUAUUGAAGUAAAUUUCAUGUCUCAUGUCUUAGAAAUCUGCAUAUGCUCUUGUAUCGAAAAGCCUAGAGGGUGUAAUGUUUGUGAAUUUAUUUCCUCAACACUACAUCGUUCACUUCUUAUUCUACUGUUGAUACAAAUCAUGAUACUACACUUAUCAAUGACCAUGGUCACUGUUUUUACUCCUUUUUCUUUUUACAUUGACAAUUCUUUAAUUCUCCUUGGUCCUGACCUGAGGACGAGAUGUCCAGUUUAAGCGGCUAUAGGAUUUCAUAUGGCCAACCCUACCUGUUACACUAGUGGCUGCAUCACUGUUCCAUAUGACAGAAACUUUUGGUAUCUCAAAUAUAGAUAAGCUUUACUAUUAGGUUUGACUUUGUUCUGGAAUUGAGCCAUGCCAUUACUGUAUCCUUGCGGUUACAAGAAAAGCUAACGGUACAUCGAUAAAUUAUUCUUUGAUCUCUUUCUAGUGACAAACGGCUUGUGUUGGUGAAAUUUUGCUUUCUAUGAGUAUAUUCGGUUCUCGUCCUGAUCAUAUCAUGUCCAAAUUUGCAUAAUUAUCCUAGUACAUUGGCCUCAUUAUUGUUGAUGCUGCGUUCCAAUGGCACUUCCUCUCAUGUUCUCAGACUAUCAUUUGUGCUGAAACUAUUGUGUCCAACCUCGAAUUCUCUGUUGCAAAAGACUGGCAACAGUCAUGUUGGGACUUUUUGGCUCCUGGUGUGGAUAGAUGACCUUAUUUCCAUUUGGAAAAUUUCUUGAAUAUCAGCAGUGAUAGAUAUUGUUCUUUUGGGUAAGAAAAUGAGACGAAAGGCUUCAUAGAUAGGUUUCCUUAACAUGAGAUUGAUAGGACACUGUUGAUGACAAAGCCAGUUGGAAACAGUUGUUCUUGCUACCAUCUCUAUAAUGAAUAGCAAAGAUAGGAGAAAACAUCAGUUUUGCUUUUGCCUUGAAACAUUAUUAUUAGGGUCCUUUCCAACCUAGAUUAUCAGAAAUAUAUCCUUUUAUACCCUUAAAACUUAUCUUCUCCUAUUAUUUCUUGCGUGAAUUCUCUGUAUUCCAAUUGGUAUCCACAGUAUGGACAUUCGGAUGACAAAUGAAGUUGGUUUUUUUGGCAAUCAUCGAGAGUUUGGUUGUAUUAUUGGUUCAGUAGUAGUGGCAGCACAUUGUGAAUAUAGACAAGGUGUGCCCUACUGAUGUUGUUGGAAGGUAUUAUGUUAUGAAUAGUAGCAGUGAAAUGCUCAUAGAGAAGCAAUUUUCGUGUCUUGUGCUUGUAAAUAUUGUUGUAAGCUAAUUCAAUAUGCAAUCGAAAUGCCUUCUGCUUUUUGACA